CCAAUUACUGCGGCGAGUUUGAUAAUGCAGGAGCUAUGAUGAGCGUGGAUGAGAGUUUGCUAUGCUCGUUCCAGAUCCUGAAACCAGCGGAGAAGAAACAAAAGUACGUUUACGGUGGCCUUGGUGCCAGUAGGCCCGUCACUCCUCCGAGGAAGUCCAAAAAGUAAAUGAACAAUUACGAACUUUCUUGUGUAUAGCAGGUUCGGACGCAGAUAAGCAUGCCUUCGCGAUUUCCCCUCGAGUCUCACGACAAUGUUUCGCCCACGCACCUCGAUCCGCCUUGCCUUUUUUCCGCGUACGCCUCGAUCGAUCGAUUUUUGCCAGACCCGAACGUCUUCUCGAUCUUGACGACUCUUUUCCUCAUCAUAAACAUACCUACUGGUACGCGUGCGUACCUUGCGUUACGAAGCUUCCUCUUUGACGACGUAUCCCAACUGUACACAUCUCCUUUUUCUCAUCGCAGAGCUAUCACGACCAACGACCAUACAUCGCGAUUGACACGAAACUACGACUUUGAAAGCGACACGACAUGAAAGUUACACAAAAGAACGGGUUGAUGGACAAGCAGGUUUUUCUUCGGACUUGGUUUCUAUAGACUGGCUCUUCGUGGC